AUGGAAAUGGAUGAUUUUGAAAAAUUGGAAAAAGUUGGAGAAGGAACAUACGGCAUAGUUUAUAGAGCUAAGGUCAAAAAAACCGGAAAAAUUGUGGCUCUUAAGCAGGUGCGCCUAGAUUUACCCGUUGGAGAACAAGAAGGAAUUCCACCUACUUCACUUCGGGAAAUUUCAUUGCUUAAAGAAUGUUCAAAAAAUGAAAAUAUUGUAAAACUUCUUGAUAUCAUAAAUCAAGAGAAGAAAUUGUUUCUUGUUUUUGAGUUUCUUACAAUGGAUUUGAAGAGAUACAUUCAGACAUUUAAAGAGGGACUAGAAUUAAGUAAAAUUCAGAAACUUAUGUACCAACUUCUUGACGGAACUACAUUUUUACAUAGACGGCGAAUUUUUCACCGAGACUUAAAACCACAAAAUCUAUUAAUUGACAAAGAUGAAAACCUUAAAUUAGCUGAUUUUGGAUUGGCGAGAGCCGUUGGCAUUCCUCUGAAGCCUUACACGCAUGGGGUAAUCACUUUAUGGUAUAAAGCCCCUGAACUUAUGCUCGGUAGUCCAACAUAUACUUUUGCUGUUGACAUUUGGAGUAUCGGGUGUAUCUUUGCUGAAAUUGCUAAUAGAGAAGUUUUGUUCAAGGGUGAAAGUGAAAUUGAUGAACUUUUCCUGAUUUUCCAGCAAAAUGUUUGGCCUGGUAUAUCACAAUUUAGAGAUUUCACACCUGUCUUUCCAAAAUGGAAACCACAGCCCCUUAAUCAAUACGUUCCUACAUUGAAUUCUCUUGGCGUCGAUCUGCUUGGU